AAGAAAAUCAUUUGCAGUCGCAUUAUUUGCAGUCGGUCACACACCAACAAACCAAGCAGUCUGCUUGUUUGCGAUUUGUCAAAGAGGGUGUUCGAGGGAAAUAACUGCGAUGGCAACGCGAAGCUUUCUGCUAAAAAACGAACGUAUACUGUCCCAUUUAUUGCGUCGUAGUCAGUUGUGCAAUAUUCGGCCUCAGGUAGUCACCUAUUCGAAUCAACAGUCUUCAAAGAAAUCUGAUGAAACCAUCGAUGAGAAACCAGUUCCGUUCACGUCCAGUAAAGCAGCAAACUUCAACUCAGAAGAUAAUACUGUCAACUCAGGGCGUACAAAUAAGCCAGAGUUUGAGCAUAUUAUUGUUAAACUAAGUAUAUUUGCUUUCCUUGUUUAUUUUUGCAUUCUUAGAGAGGAAAAUGAUUGGGAUCUGAAUAUGAGUUCCAGUUUAAUAGAAUCAGUGCCAGAUAUGGAGUUGAUCAUGUUGAGGAAUAAGAGGAAGUUUGCGUCAGAUUCAGAUCCAUUUACUGAAACUGACAGGUUAAGAUUAGAAGAGUUAGAGAAACAAUUGUAACUCCAGUAGUUAUGCUCGAUGACAUAAUAAUUUACUAGUGUCCUAGAAGUGAUACAUAAACAGAAAAUAGAUCCUUCAAAACUCUAAAUCAAUUUAUUCAUAAAAAUUGAACUAACUAUAAAAUGGAAUAGGUUCAAUGUUGGCAAGAAAGUACAAUCAAGAGGAAGCAUGUCAAUACUCACCAAUGGUGGGCCAAUCUCCACCAAAGAAAAACAAAUUGUUUAUUGUUAGAUAUUGUAAAUAAAUCAUAAACGAUCUUAACAACAGCCCAAA